GCAAGUGCAUGGAUGCAGUUGGAACCAUUCUGUGCUAUAGCAUUGAGGUAUUGUGGAAUGGAAUUAUAGGUUUCUUUUCGGUUAUAAGAUUACCUUUCUUUUUCCUUAAUAAUCACCUUUUCUAGGUGACGUACCCUGCUUCAUUAUCAUUUCAUUAAUAUAUUUUAUGCUCUCGAAACCGCAUCAAAGGGCUCAUGGCCGUAGUGCCAUUGAAUUAAAAGAUUUAGAAAAUGGUGCUGUAUCAAACACAUUUCAGAUGUUGACAGACGAUGUCCCUGAUGGUAGGGAUUCGCCCCAUGAUGCAUAUACAACACUAUCCUUUCAGCAGAAAAAGAAUAUCGUUUUUUUGAUAUUAUUAUAUCUAAUCCAAGGUGUGCCUAUGGGAUUGGUUAAGGGUAGUAUUCCUUACUUCUUGAAGCCACAUUGUACUUAUUCCGAUAUUGCGAUUUACUCGUUGGCGGCUUAUCCAUAUAGUUUAAAGGUGCUUUGGAGUCCCAUAGUGGACACAUACUACUUUCCCAAUUUUGGCCGGCGCAAGACAUGGGUAGCACCUUGCACGUUCUUUCUAGCUUGCACAUUAUUAUUCUUUUCUUAUAACAUAGAUGUAUGGAUUGAAAGAGGAUCUUCUUAUAUCAAAUCCUUCACGGUUUGGAGUUUCUUCCUUGUUUUCAUUUGUGCGACUCAAGAUAUUGCAGUGGAUGGUUGGUCAUUAAAUAUGCUUGACGCUCAUCAAUUGAAUUAUGCUUCAACUGCUCAAACGGUUGGCCUGAAUACAGGAUUUUUUCUUUCAUUUACCGUUUUGUUAGUUUUGACUUCCCCUGAGUUUGCAAAUUCUCUUUUACGUCUAAGCCCUUUAGAUGAAGGACUCAUUACUUUGAGUGGCUAUAUACGUUUCUGGGCUUUAAUAACCCUAAUUUCAGUUAUUUUCGUAUUGUUUUGGGAAGAACAGAAACCUGACCGUGUAGCGAGCAUGAGGGAUACUUUUCGUUCAAUUCGAGACAUCCUUUCGUUGAAGAAUAUGAAACAGCUUAUGGUGGUUCAUCUAUUCGGUAAAGUUGGAUUUGUCGCUAAUGAAACUUUGACCCUUUUAAAAGCAACAGAGUUUGGUUUAAGCAAAGCAAUGCUUUCCUUAAUUAUUUUAAUCAAUUUUCCGUUGGGUUUGAUAUUGGGCGUAUACAUUGGACAUAUUAGUAACAAUCGGCCUCUCUAUGUAUGGCUAUGGGGUUAUUGGGGCCGAACAUCUUCUAUAUUAUUUAACAUUGCACUCGUGUAUGCAGUCGCUCAUUUUUCUGAAAAGUUUUCGAUGUUUCUUUCCAUUCUCGUAUGCUACACUCUCAACGCUUCCUUUAUGACAGUCCAAUUUGUUUCAAUUGGAGUGUUCCAUAGUCAAAUCUCUGACCCUGCCAUCGGGGGUACAUAUAUGACGAUUCUAAACACGUUAAGCAACUUAGGCGGUACAUGGCCUCAAUAUAUUAUGCUAAAGCUAACAGACUGGGUAACGUUUUCUUAUUGUUCCACAGAUGAUAGCCUGCAAUGCAUUACGGAUGACUUGAAAAAUCAGUGUAUGGAUUCAGGCGGUCACUGUAUAUAUAAAAGAGAUGGCUACUAUUUUACAUCUAUUGUCGGUAUAUUCCUUUCUAUCUUUCUUUGUAUUAUUGCAAUAUUCCCAAUCGUACGUCAGCUUAAUAAAGUCUCGGCCUCAUCUUGGCAUAUUCACGGUAAAUAUUCCUCAAUUUAAUAGGGAUUCUACGUCUUUCUUUUAACUAAAUAUAUUUAUUAAUUUUGUUUCGAAUUCAAAAUAGACAAUUGAUGUUUGCUGAUCAUAAAGUAAUUUAUUAGACGUAACC